CUACACAGUACACACCCGCGUUUACCAAAAUCUAUGACGUUUACCUUGUUAUUGUAGUUUUUCCCUGCAAGCGUAACUUUAAAGUUUUCAGUUCUAAGUGUUUUAGUAUCAAUAAUUUUGAUUUAAAAAAAGUGUAAUUUAGGUAUUUUGCAAAUAAAUACAUUUAAAUGUGUAAUGAUUAACUUUGAAUGAACAUCUGAAAUUUGUAGUCUUUGCUUACUACAACCAAGUUCUGCUUCUGCUUGGAGUGGACGUUUCGUCGUCGUCGUUGAUGUUUUGUUGUUGAAGUCAAAGGUACAUUUGUCAACAAUGACAGACAUUGACUGGCCCUGGCAAUACAGUUUUCCACCAUUUUUCACACUUCAGCCACAUGCAGAGACAAGAGCAAAACAAAUAGCAGCAUGGAAAAGUUUGGUGUUGAAUUAUUUCAAAACGACCAAACAAACAAAUCUUGACUUUCGAGAAAUACAUAGCAAUCCGUUGUUUAAUAAUACAUCAAUCGACAGAAAGUUGCCAGUAGAAGUAGUUACAAUGAUAAUAGAAGAAUUAGCUAGAACCGGUAAUGCAAUACCUUUGGACAAGUCAAAACAACGAUGGAUAGUUUCAUGGCACACAUUGGAAGAAUGGGCAGAUAUUAUAUACUCGUGGGCACAAACAAACGCUUUCAUUGGAUCUGUUUGUACGUUUUAUGAGUUAACCCAAGGUGAAGAUACAGUUGAUCAAGAGCAUAGUAUGACCAAAGCCCCAAUUGUGAAAAAGAAGCAAAAGUCUAAACAACAGCAAAACAUGGGUGUUAAGGAUCGUCUUGUUGCCAAAAAAAAUCAAGAGAAAAAACUUGUUCAAAAAACUGUGGGCAAACAAAAAUUCGCCAACAAAGUGACAAAGCCUCAGCCAGCCAACCAGAAAGCUAAGAAUGUUAAGAAGAUGACCAAGAAACAACAGUUACCUGCUAAAAAACCUUUACAAAAGAAGAACGAAGAACUGGAUAGUGACGAAGAAGACGACUCCGCAGAGGAAGAUGAAGAGCUUACCAAGAACACCAAGCAGAAGAAGGGUGUCAAAAUGUUUAAGGGUGUGAAAGCUGGUGAUGAAGAAGAUGACGACGAAGACGAUGAGGAUGUAAGUCUCGAGGACAGCGAUGAUGAUGAGGAUAUUGAUGACUCAGACGAUGAUGAAGACGACGACGAAGAUGAUGAUGAUGAUGAUGAUGAUGAUGAUGAUGAGGAAGAAAGUAAGUUGGACGCUAGUAGCCCUGGUUUGAAAGAUUUGCUUGGAGACAGUUUGAAAGAUGAAAGCAAUGAUGAGGACUUUGAAGAGGGUGACGGUAGUGAUGACGACGACGACGAAGAUGAGGAUGUGUCUGAUGAAGAAUCAAUGCAGAAUGUAGAAGGUGAGGAUGAUAGCGAUGAUGAUGAUGACGAUGAGGAUGAGGAUGAUGAUGAGGAUGAUGAUGAGGAUGAGGAUGAAGAUGAGAACGAGGCCAAUGAAUCUAAAGGUUCUGAUCUCAAGACUUUGUUGGGUACGAGUUUGGAUGACGAUGACGAUGAUGAUGAAGAAUUCCAGAAUGAUGAGGAUGAGGAUGAAAGCGAAGAUGACGAAGAUGGUGAGGAUGACGAGGAUAACGAGGAUGCGAGCCUCGAAGCAUCUACUCCACCUAAGAAGUCAAAGAGAGAACCUAAGCCCACUAAAAAGUCCGAAAAACCGCUAGAUAGCCCCAGAAAAAAAUUGUCACCUGAAGAAAAAGCUGAAUUGGACAAAAGAACCGUCUUUGUAGGAAACGUGCCCAAGGACGUCCAACAAAAAACAAUAGAAAAACUGUUCAAGAAGUUUGGUGCAAUCGAAAAUAUGCGCAUCAGAGGUGCUGUUCCGGAAGAUCCUAAAAUGUCCUUCAAGGCUGCGACCAUUACAAAGAAAAUACACCCAAAAGUACAGUCAGUUUAUGCUUACAUUGUAUUUAAAGAUGCAGAAUCUGCAGAGAAAGCUGUAGCGGUGAAUGGUCACGUACUGGAUGGACAUACACUUAGAGUUGACGUUGUAGCCAACAAGGACAAAGCGCAUGACGAGAAGAAAGCAGUAUUUAUAGGAAAUCUUCCUUUUGAAAUAACGGAAGAUCAAGUUCGAGCUCAUUUCACGUCAUGCGGUAACAUGAAAUCUGUUCACAUAAUGAAACAUCGCGAUACUGGACUGAGCAGAGGUGUUGGAUAUAUUAACUUUAUAGAGGAAGAUUCUGUUGCUUUGGCAUUAGAGUUAAACGGCACAAAAUUAGGCAGUCGUGAAAUCAGAGUAGCGAUCUACCAUACACCCAAACCUAAAGAGCGAAAUCAGAAGAGGAAGAGGAUUUCUGGUAACAAAGAACAGGGAAACAAGAAGUUCAAAACUUCUGAAGGACAGGCUGCCAAAUCUGAAGGUGGCAACAAGCAAGGAAAAAUGAAACAAAAGCGGUCCCAAGGAGGAGCCAAAAGAAAUGAGGCAAACAAAAGCAUCAGCCAGAGUCCAUCACCAAAAAAAGAAAAAGUAAAAAAAACAUUCCAAGGUCAAAAAGCUGAAGUUAAGAAGAAUUCGAAAGGUGCUAACAAAGGUGACAAGAAGAAAAAGAUGAUGGCUAAAAAGCUUGCAGCGGAAAAAUAGACGGACUAACAAAUUUUUAGAAACUUAACAAUUAUGAUUCUAUACUUCGCUCAUGUCUUGUUUCAAAUUUGUUUUAUGAUGUAUUGUUUUGCAAUGAAUGAAUGUGUAGUUAUACCUUAGAGAAAUCGACGCAGUACGCCACAUAAUUUCAAUUGGCGAGAAAUAUUAUUUUAAGAACUUAUUCUGAAUAAGCUAUAUUUUACUAGUGUACGAAAUGAAUACAUGCGUUUUAUAACGAAUUAUACACAA